UCGAUCCCGAACACAUGUAAUCAGCACCAUAAUAUACAAUGUCGCCGUAAGGAGCGCCCUGAUCUGCACCGGCAAUAAAAGAGGCUUUUCGUCUCUCAUCCCGAGCUCAUCCCCCGCUCAGCUCACCUGAAGCCGUCACGAUCGAGUGAGCACUAGAGUCGCCGCAGCGCUAUCGAAACGAGAAGAGGCAUUCAAAAUGGCGCUACAAGCUGCAUAAUAAAUAUCAAAUAGUCGAAGAGGCCCUAAUCUCUUGAUUCACCGACUCAUGUUAUGGCGAUGCUAUAAAAAGACUCGUGAUCGAUCUGGAGUCAACGGCCACACUCCAACAUCAGACCAUAUCGUAGAGUUGAAUUAUGCUUCACCGUAGAUCUAUAGCAACCAACCUCAUUCAUCAAUGCGAAAGCCAUAAACUCCAUCAACCAUGACCACAAAGACUCUCCAAUCGCCCCCUCCAAGGCGCAGCCUCCGCAACCUCAAAAGACAAAACCUCACCGAAAGCAUCACCACCACAACAACCACCACAGCCAUCAAGACAGAAUCCAAGCCCGCAAAACCGCUAACAAAGUCCGAAUCUACAAGCACCACAUCUCUAUCCAACAUCCCCGACAAAAAGGCCUCCAUCCUCCAAGCCCGCAAGCUCAAAUCCUUCGCAGCCUACUCUCAAUCCUCACCCUUCCCAUCCUUCCCCCAUCCAACACCCCAAGAAUGCUCCCGCGCUCACCGCAUCCUCGCAUCCAUCCACGGCGACCGCCGCCGUCCCGACACAAUCAUCGCGCCGAGCAACGUCGCCGGCUGCGGAGAUUCCCCGUCGGUUCUUGACGCGCUGGUCCGCACAAUCCUGUCCCAAAACACCAGUGACAAGAACAGCUCGCGCGCAAAGCUCUCCAUGGACAAGACAUACGGCCGCAGCGACAACUGGGAAGCCAUUGUCCAGGACGGCACCGACAAGCUGCAGCGGACAAUCAAGUCUGGCGGCCUCAGCGUCAUCAAAAGUAGAGUCAUCAUGAACAUCCUCUACCAGACAAAGGACCGGUACGGCAGCUACUCUCUCGAUCACCUCCUCAACGCUUCCAACGAGGAGGCCAUGCGGGAGCUUCUCUCUUUUCAAGGCGUGGGGCCCAAGACAGCGAGCUGCGUCUUGUUGUUCUGUCUACGGCGGGAUAGCUUCGCGGUUGAUACUCAUGUAUAUCGCAUAUCAGGCCUGCUGGGAUGGCGGCCGGGAGAGGCGAGCAGAGAAGAGACCCAGGCGCACUUGGAAGCAAGAGUGCCAGAUGGGGACAAGUAUGCACUACAUGUGUUGAUGGUGACGCAUGGGAGGACGUGUGACGAGUGCAAGGCUGGAGGCAAGACUGGAGGGAAAUGUGCUCUGCGGAAGGCGUUUGUGAAAGGGAAGAGGGCGGUAGAUGAUGAAGAUACGAUGGUAAAGGAGGAAGAUGUGUAAGAUGCCAUACACAUGUGUGUGUGUAUUCGUCGUAGGCGCUAUUCUUCUAUAUGAAAGAUGCCGAAAAACACUUCCCAAUAGCAAAGACACUCAGGUAUACCUCGCCUGGC